CUUGGCUGGCUCGACGAAUGCAAGACGCACAAUUCACUCGAAUUAUUUUAGAGCAUUCAGUAUAUAUAAUUUUAUUUAUGCACAAACGUUCUGUUUGGAUGCACAACGGUAUCUUGUUGGAGAGCUCGUGAACGUUGAUAUUAGAAUCUUAUAAAAUAUUAAAAAUGUACAGAUAUAUUUCCAUUGCGGAACUCUUCCUAUCGGCAACCAACGAAUGUAAUGGAAGUUUCAAACGAUUGUACAGUACGGGAAAAACGAAAGAAUACGAAGGUCGUAAACUGAUAGGAUUUUCCAUGGAUCAGAUGUACAACGUUGUCGCUGAUGUGGCUAACUAUAAGAAAUUCGUUCCCUUCUGCAAGAAGUCUGAUAUAAUAACGAGAAAUGAUGAAUUUUUAAAAGCUAAUUUAGUCAUUGGAUUUCCACCGUUGAAUGAAAGUUACACGUCAAAGGACCAAUAACUUUUAUGACGAUUGGUACGGCUUCAAAGUCGGUCGCAGUGCCAGUACCGUGAGCAUAAUUAUGUCUCACUCAAUUGCAUGCAGAUAAAUAGGGACAUAAUCAUACUCAUACCAGAGACUCAGUAGAGGCGGUGAAUUUCGGAACGUACCCGUCAGGUAUUCGGCUUGUUACGUAUGAAAACAUAAGGUUAUGUUUGUGUAGAAUUUCCAAAGUGUCAGCUAUCGACAUAAUUGAAUGCGUGCUUUUACUGAUAUGAGGAGUUUAACACGAACUUUUUUUUUAGUUCAAUUAUUUUUAAUAACAGUAACCUUUGCUUCAAAGGGUGACAAGUCACAGUUUUAUAAUCAUUGCAUUUUAAAGUGUCAUACU